CGUUAUACCCCCUUCCCUUCCAGAAUUUAAUCGAAAAUCCGAUUCCGUGUUUCCUUGCUCCUUCUCUUUCCCUUUGGACAUCGAAGAGACACGCUCUCUUCCCUGUCCUUUAUCAAAAGCCACCAGUUUUUAACAUCUUAAUUUUAAUACACCAUCAAAGAGGUUUAUCAAGUUCCAACAAAGAAAAAGAACAUGUCUUACAAUAAGCAGAAUGGUGGCGGAUUCAGGAACCGGGAAAAUGGUUACUCCGGAGGAAAUCGUGGGUUCGGUGGCCAAAAGAACGGUUCAGGGGGAGGAGGCUUCAGAAACGGUACAAGCGGCGGCUUCAGGAGCAACACUAGUGCCGGAGGUUUUAGAAACGGCGGAGGAAAUCGUUUCGGGAAUGGCCGCAGUCAAAACGGCCAGGGUUUACGCACAGUGGAGUGGGGCCGCAAAACUUUGCAACCUUUCAAGAAAGAUUUCUACUUGGCUCACCCAGCAGUGAAGAAUAGAUCGCCUUAUGAAGUCCAGCAGUUCCGCAAUUCGAAAGAAAUCACGGUUGAAGGCGAUGCUCCCAAUCCUAUUCAGAACUUUACAGAGGCCAGUUUUCCCGACUAUGUCAUGUCUGAAAUUCACAAUCAAGGUUACGAAGCUCCAACCGCUAUUCAAGCGCAAGGAUGGCCCAUCGCAAUGAGCGGACACGAUAUGGUAGGCAUCGCCCAAACAGGCUCUGGUAAAACAUUGGCUUACACCUUACCCGCCAUCGUCCACAUAAAUAACCAGCCGCAAAUCAACAGAGGAGAGGGCCCCAUCGUUCUCAUCCUCGCUCCUACCAGAGAAUUGGCACAGCAGAUCCAACAAGUCGCUAAUGAUUUUGGAAGCUCGUCUUACAUUCGUAACACUUGUAUAUUCGGCGGCGCUCCCAAAGGACCACAGGCCCGUGACUUGGAGAAAGGAGUGGAAAUAUGCAUAGCGACGCCCGGACGGCUCAUCGACUUCUUAGAAAAAGGGACUACCAAUCUGGAGCGCUGUACUUAUUUAGUUUUAGACGAAGCCGACCGCAUGUUGGACAUGGGUUUCGAGCCUCAAAUCCGUAAGAUUCUGGGACAGAUCAGGCCGGAUCGGCAGACCCUUAUGUGGUCCGCGACUUGGCCCAAGGAGGUUAAGAAGUUAUCGGCGGAUUUCAUGAACGAUCCCAUCCACAUCAACGUCGGGUCUUUGAACCUUUCCGCCAACCACAACAUCCUUCAAAUCGUUGAUGUGUGCCAGGAACACGAGAAAGAGACAAAGUUAAGCAAUCUCCUGCAAGAGAUCGGGAAUAACGGCGAACCCGGCUCCAAAAUAAUAAUCUUCGUAGAAACAAAGAAGAAAGUCGAGGGCAUAACUAGGUUGAUCAGACGUUUCGGUUGGCCCGCGGUGUGCAUGCACGGCGACAAGAGCCAGCAGGAGCGAGAUUACGUCCUCAGAGAAUUUAGGAACGGAAAGGCUUCUAUUUUAGUUGCCACCGACGUCGCCGCUAGGGGAUUAGACGUGGACGGGAUAAAGUACGUGGUGAAUUACGAUUAUCCAAACUCUUCCGAGGACUACAUCCACAGGAUAGGUAGGACGGGCCGUUCCGACACCACCGGUACAUCUUACGCCUUCUUCACCCCUUCCAACUUCAAACAGGCCAAAGAUCUGGUGUCUGUGCUCAAGGAAGCCAAUCAGGUCGUCAAUCCAAAACUGCACGAAAUCGCCAGCCGCGUGGGCAAUUACGGCGGCAACAAAGGGGGCCGAUGGGGCUACGGAGGUGGCUACAAGGGAAGAGAAAAUACAGGUCCCAAAACACACACGAGGUUCGGUAACGGCGGUGGAUUCAAGACGAACGGUUAUAGUAAUAAAGCGUAUUAGUUCCAAAUUAGAAGAUAUCCUACGUAUAACCUGAGGUUCAGUAUUUUAUCUUCGGAUGCAUUCCUUGCAUCGCAAGCAAGUUUAGUUCAAUUUCACUUAAUUUAUUUUUUGGUGUAACAAAAUAUAGUUUUAUUUAUGUUUCUCAUGACAUGAGAUGUAGCGAAUUCACUCGGGUCGCAAGGAUUUCAAUGUUUGAAUGUAACCAGAGGCUCCGACGGGGCGCUACGUUUAAAAUACAGUUUUUUUGGUCGCUUCUAAAUUUGUCAAAUUUAACGAUCUUUGGAAAUUUUAAAUUAGAUUAUUUGUUUUUUUUUGUGAAAUGUGGCUGUUAUUUGGCGUUUUGACCCUUGCGAUUCCGAUGUCUAGUUGUAUUUAACGAUUAUUGUAUGUGUAAAGUACAUCUGUGAUAGAAGUAGCUUUUUUAUUUUGAUUUUGUUGGACAAAUCUCUUUAAUCUACCAUCAAACCGAAUUCAGAGUAUCUCUUUUAAGUAAAUAAAGUGUUUUUAAAGAA